AAUAGUGCUAGCAUCUUUUCCACAAUGACUAGCCGUAACGAAAACAUACAAUCAAGAUAAUUAUAGUAAAACAGAUGUGACCUUUCAUUUUACAAUCGUUAUGAUAGAUUUGUUCAAAUACAGCUGUCGCCUUGAGUUACGUUAACUUGUUGACAAAACACAUUAUUCAUUUUAUACACAAAGCGCCACUUGGAAGGACGAUUUUUGGGCCAGUGAAAACAAUAUGUAUAAUGCCUGAAGUUAAUACGUCUAAUUAAUAUCGUACCAAGCUUAAAAAACUGUAUUUUUAAAAUAAUCUAAUAUUAUUUAUAAUAAAAUGAAAGGUAGAAUGAAAAUUAAAGGAAAACAAUACUGAAUUAUUGAACGGACAAAGAGAACAAACCAAUGAAUAACACUGGCCACAUCGAACUCGAUCGCUAUUGGUAACCGUUGUGUCAACAAAACUUUUUUUGUUUACAAAUGGCCACGGGUGACAAAUUCAAAUUUGAAAGACGUAUUUGUGAUGUGAAAAGUGAUUUUUUAUCGUUAAUCUAGUUGUACAUGUUGUGUUUAUUAUGGGUAAUUGUCUGGGAAGUAUUUUUCGGCGUCGAAACCAGCGUCGUCACAUUGUCUUGAUACUGAUAGGCUUGGAUAACGCGGGAAAAACAAAAACUGUGAAUAAUUUGGCCGGCGAGAAGGAUAACAAGGUUUUGCCGACUGUGGGUUUUAAAGCUGUGAAUUUAGUGCAUAAAGAUACUCCUGUGACGAUAUAUGAUUUAGGCGGGGGUCCUCACUUUCGUCAAAUAUGGUCUCAGUAUUAUAGCGAAGUGCACGGUGUGAUAUUUGUCAUCGAUUCAAGUGAUUUUUCACGGUUGGACGAAUGCAGGGCCGUACUUGAAGAGGUGUUAUCGCAUGACAAAAUAUCAGGCAAACCAGUGCUAGUUCUAGCGAAUAAACAGGACAAAACCGGGGCCUUGGACGAUAUCGAUGUGGUGGACAAACUGAACAUCGAACCUCUUGUUAAUAAGUACAGAUGUCCAACUCUAGUCGAAUCCUACAGCGCUUUCACAGAACACCCAAACAAUAAAAAACCGAAAAUAGAUCCAGGAUUACGUAAAGGCUAUCAAUGGCUGCUAAACUACAUAGUACGACGUUACGGAGAUAUAAAUUUGCGCGUACAGACGGACAUACACGCAGAUCUAGAACGACGCAAACGGAUGCUGAACAAAGCUUCGAACACGACAUCACAGACUUUCACGGCUGAAAGUGAUGACAUAGCCACACAAACUGGCUUUGAAAACCCCAAUUAUGACAUAAACAAAUCGACUAAAAUCGACAAUGAUGGAGUACAAGGCGUGAUAGUCGUCAAACCGAUUAAGCACACCUCUGACAGUAUCGAUUCUACUAUAACGAUUGAGAGUGUCGAAGAAUCGGAAGCGACUAGUGUUGCCAAGCCGAAAUUGUCCCCGCUUUUUGGAAGAGCCAGUAACUCCACGGUGGAGACUGUUCGAAUAGAGCUGGAGCCGAGGAGUGAGUUCAGGAAGCUGUCUCCGAUUGUCAGGAAUAAGAGCGGCGCGAAUCAACACAUCAAUUUCCAGAACAGACCGCAGUCCAGUCCUACAUUCAUCAAGAAGCAGAUAAAGGUGGAACCAUCAAGCAAGAACACAUCACUACAAGACGAAGAUUUGAAACCGGAUGGUGACCUGACGAUCUACAUGGGCGAUCGGAAUCGGACCUGGGACGGUUCGGAGAAGAAACAGACGGUGCUCGUCAACGAUGCUGAACUGUCACUGAUGCAUCGUGAAAUUGUGCUCAAUGAGAGAGACUACACAAGCAAGACAGCAUACUCGGAGGUGACCCUCCAACCAGCCACGUUGCCGCUGAGCCCUCGACCGGCCUCCGCCUCGCAGCUAGUCAGGAGGCAGCUGGAACUGUGUGGCCAGCAUAAACGGCGUCUCAGUCUAAGAUACAUGCAACGUAACAAGACAAGUCCGGAGCGUGUCUCCAUGAUGAUCUACGAGCCGACGAAGGCAGCGCAGCGACACCUCGACAAGGGGGACUUCGACCACUCCGCCACCAUCAACUGAUUGUGAAUAUAAAAUGUGAAAUGGACGUUGACAGUACAAUAUCUAGACUUAUAUAUAAAGUAGUCAUUUUUAUAUAAAAUAAGAAAAUAAUAAUAAUAUAUUGUUCACACAGGGUAUGUAACUGUAGAUGUAGCAUAUAAAGGUGCUCUAUAAAAUUUGUACUGAGCAAAACACCCCAAUAUUUGUUAAACCCUUUAGUUUUACGCAUAUAUACAAGGUGUUGUUUUAAAGCCGCGUCAUUUUCUAGGAGGUAACUCGGCUAUCGAUUCUGAG